UUUCUGAAUUUCUUAAUUUUGGCAAUGGCUUUUUCUCUGGCUCAUACUCUGUUUUUCUUGCUACUUCUGCUACCAACUUCUGCUGUUGCUCAAAUAACUGUGGGCAGAUCUCUGUCUACCACUGAUAAUUCUUCAUGGCUUUCUCCUUCUGGUGAAUUUGCCUUUGGCUUUCAUCAGCUCAGCGGCUCAGAUUUCUUCUUGCUUUCUAUAUGGUACGACCAAAUACCAGACAGAACCAUAGUUUGGUAUCCAAAUGGUGGAAAGAUUGCUCCGAGGGGAUCAAAGGUGGACCUAACUGCGGAUCGUGGGCUUGUGCUUACUAGCUCUCAAGGCGAAGAGUUAUGGACAUCAUCUGAUGAUCAGAGCCUUACUGGUGUUGUUGCCUAUGGUGUAAUGAAUGAUACAGGCAACUUUGUGCUGGAAGAUAGCAACUUUAAAAAGCUAUGGGAAAGCUUCCAAUAUCCUUCUGAUACGAUGUUGCCUACACAAAUUAUGGAAAGGGGAGGGGUCCUUUCUUCCCGACAGUCAGAGACCAACUUCUCCAAAGGAAGGUUCCAGCUACGCUUUCUUCAGGAAGGUAAUCUUGUGCUCAAUACCAUAAACUUGCCCACAGUUGAUCCAAAUGAUCCUUAUUACAAAACAGGCAUCACUGCUGGUGAUCUCAAUACAUCAAAUUCCGGUAAGCAAUUGGUCUUCAAUGCCUCCGGCUACUUUUAUAUUCUGAGAGAGAAUGAAGAACGUAUCACCAUCGAACAGCGAAUUCUCUCAACGGAGAAUAAUUUAUAUUUUAGAGUUACUCUCAACUUUGAUGGAAUUUUCACUCUGUAUUCCCACCCAAAGACUUCCGCAGGCAAUGAAAGCUGGACGCCCAUUUGGUCUGUACCUGAUAAUAUUUGCCUGGAUAAUCCUGGAGAGUCGAUGACCGGUGUUUGUGGGUAUAACAGUGUGUGCAAAAUCAACCCACAAAAUAAAAGGCCAAAAUGUAAAUGCGCAACAGGCUACUCUUUACUCGAUCCAAAUGAUCCGUAUGGAAGCUGCAAGCCAGACUUCAUACAGGCCGGAUGCAAAGAAGAUGAAAUUAAUUCCCAACAAGCUCUGUAUUAUUUAGAGGAACUAUCUAAUACUAAUUUUCCAUUUUCAGAUUACAAUAGGUUGACGACGUUUACUGAAGAGAAUUGCAAAACUUCUUGCUUGCAAGAUUGCAUGUGUGCUGCUGCAGUAUUUUCAAUCUUAAAUACCUGUUGGAAGAAGAAGCUACCACUCUCCAAUGGGAGAUUUACCGAAAAUGAUGGAGGGAAGGUGUUUAUCAAAGUUAGGAAAGAUAAUUCCACACUACUUGGUCCUUCUUUCCAGAAUCCAGUGCAAAAGAAAAAGAACCAGGACCGUUUGAUACUGGCGGGGUCAGUGCUUCUGGGUUGCUCUCUGUUUGUCAUCUUUAUAUUGAUUGGGGCUAUUUGUUAUGGAUUUUUCUACAAGGAGAAAGUGAGCAAAAUUGACAGAAAUGGGUCUGUCUGGGAAAUGAAUUUGCGUUGCCUUACAUACAAAGAGCUUCUAGAGGCUACAGAUGGGUUCAAGGAAGAAUUGGGAAGAGGAGCUUUCGGUAUUGUUUACAAAGGAGCGCUAAAGAUGGGUUCUAAUGUACUCCAUGUGGCAGUCAAGAAGUUAAUUAAUAGUGGUGCACAAGAGAAAGAGAUGGAAUUUAAAGCUGAAGUGGAAAUUAUUGGUAAGACACAUCACAAGAAUCUGGUCAGGCUGAUUGGAUUCUGUGAUGAGGGACAGCAACGGUUGCUAGUAUAUGAGUUACUGAGCCAUGGAACUUUAGCAGGUUUCCUUUUUGGAGACUUGAAACCAAAUUGGAAGCAAAGAAUCCAAAUUGCUUUUGGGAUUGCUAGAGGACUCUUGUAUUUACAUGAAGAGUGCAGCACUCAGAUUAUCCAUUGCGACAUAAAGCCUCGGAACAUACUGCUCGAUGAAUAUUACAAUGCCCGAAUUUCUGACUUUGGAUUAGCAAAGCUUUUGAUGAUGGAUCAGAGCCAAACGCAUACUGCCAUUAGAGGAACAAAAGGGUAUGUUGCGCCGGAAUGGUUUAGGAACAUGCCAAUUACAGCUAAAGUUGAUGUAUACAGCUUUGGUGUCAUGCUACUAGAGAUCAUUUGUUGUCGAAGAAGCGUGGAUAUGGAGUCGGGCGAGGAGGAAAAAGCAAUUUUAACAGAUUGGGCUUAUGAUUGCUUUCGAGAAGGAACAUUAGAUGUUCUGGUAGAAUAUGAGAGGGAGGCCAUGGAUGACAUAGAGAAGGUGGAGAGGUUUGUGAAGAUUGCCAUUUGGUGUAUUCAAGAAGGACCAUCUCUUAGACCCACUAUGAGGAAGGUUACGCAUAUGCUUGAAGGAGUUGUUGAUGUACCCAUUCCACCAUGUCCAUCUCCCUUUACCACUACAUGAAGUUGCAGUUGUUUUUUUUUUUUUUAAAUAGCAUUUGCUCUGUUUUGUAAUCUAAUGUCAGUAAUUUAGAGUUGUUAAGAAUACAUAUAGUUGA